AUGGGGGGAAACGUAGGCCCCCGGGGUGGGAUCUGUGCAGCUGCGGAGGAGGUGGGCUCCCAGGAGUUUGUGCGGUGUGGACCCCAGGCCACUCCAGGGCAGCCUGGACCCCACCCCAGCGGCCCCUCCCUCCCCAGCCUGCUCCCCACCCUGCCGUGGGAGCAGCCCCUUAGCAGGCGCCUAAGGAUGGGACCCGCCCAAGUUCCCCCGCAGGACCUCCAGUCGGACCCCCACAGCUGCCUGGCAGGGCCCCCCUUCCGGCUCAGCUGCCUCCGGGAGUGGAGGAACCACGCAAGCAGGGAAACCCCUCUCUGGUGGUGGCUUCCGGGGUCCUGCUCCCGCCGGGGACCUCCUGGACCUGGUGUGGCCCACGUGCCACUGAGGCCCCGGCCCCCGGGCUCCCCAUGGCUGGCUGGGCGGCAGCUGCUCCUGUCCCCCAGUGCUGCCGUGGCCUCAGUCCAGCUGCGGGAGCAGGAGGUGCGGGGCUGGGGGCAGGCACCUGGGCUGAGGGCCCAGCACUGCAGACCCUCCCCGCUGGGCAGUGGGCUGACCCGCAGGUUCAGGGGUGACUGGGACCGGCCCAGGCCCCGCGGCCAGUGGUGGGAGGCUGGUGGGGGCCUCGGUGCCCUGUGCCCAGCCCUCUCCCCUGCCCUGGCGGCUGCUCUGGCACCGGCUGGGGGAGCCGAGGCUGCAGGAGGAGCAAGCCCGGGGGAGCCGAGUGGUCGGCGGGAGCAGCUGCUCCGGCAGCAGAGGCCAGUGGGGACUCCUGGAGCAGGCUGUCCCAGUGGCCUGGAGCUUCGAGGUGGCCCGAGGCUGGGCCCAGGGGAGCAGCUCCUGGCCGGGCUGGGCCCGAGGGCCUGUGGGGUGCUGCAGAGGUGCUGUGCGGCCAGGCCCGGGGGACGGGCUCGGGGGCCCAGCUGUGCUGUGGGCAGGGGUGCAGCCCCUGGGGGCCGCCGGUCAGAGACUCGGGAGCAGGACGUGGGGCUGGCGUCCAGGCAGCGGCGGCUGAGCAGACCUGGUGGGGUCCGGGAGCUGCAGCCGGUGAGCAGGGCUGCUCUCCUGGGGCUCAGGGCCAUGGCGGCCGCACAGGUCCUGGCUGCCACCCCGGAGACGGACCUGGGGAGGGAGUGUGGCCUGCCAGGGGCCCCCGGGGGCAUGGCCCACCCCAAGCUGUACUGGGGGGACAGAGCGCCAAGGCAUCUGUCGAGCCAGAGCUCAGGGGACACCUUGCUGCUGCGGGGUCACUGUGUGGAGGGGCUGCUCACACCCCCAUACUGGCUGCCCCAGGCCGAGCCCCAGGUGACCAAGGGGGCCUUGGGGACCUCCCCAACCGCCAUGCCCUCCGGCCCGCAGGGCAGCCCAGGGACCGGGGCCCACCCUGGGGAGCUGGAGCCGCAGGAGGUCCAAGCCUGGGGAAAGGAGCUCAGGAGAAGGACUGGUGGCGAGUGCUGGCGGGUGCCUGGGGCAGGGCUGGGACAGGCCCAGCUGCAUGUGGCCUGCCUGCACCUGGAGGAGGGCUCUGUGGCGGCCAGCAGUGGCCACAUGGCAUGGCCAGUGUGGUGGACACUGACGGGGACAGAGGCUGUCCGGGGAUCUGCCACGAGCAAGAGUGAAGUGGGGCCUGGGGCAGAGCUGUGGGAGCAGCCCCAGCACCCCAGCCCCCCGGCUCCCCAGCCCCCCAUGCCCGUGCAGUCCUCUGGCCGUGCCGUCCUGUCCACGUCGGAUCUCUGGGCGGCAGAGGAGAGGACCCGCCAGAAGAUCCACCCAAAGCUUCUGUCCCAGGCAGGGACCCUGCAGGCUGGCCCAGCCCGCCCCAGCCUCUGCACCUCCAGCAGCCCCUGCCUCAGAAGGUGGGUGCUGGGACCCUCCCCAGGCCCACAGGGCCUUGCUGGCUGCAAGCCUGCCGGGGACACAGCACUGUCAGCUCUCACAAGCUCACGGCGGCAGAGGGGCCCGGCCAGGGCAGCCCCCGAGGACCUGGAACUGAGCCGCCCUGGACACGAAGCAGCGGGCGCCCCGAGCGGACGGAGCAGGGACCACGCGGGGGGCGACCCGGAGCGGGGGGGGCUCCACUCUCUGGAAGUAACGCAGCGUUUUGGCAGCAACCGGUGGGACGACGGCCCGGCCCUGCGGGCUCCGGGCACCUGCACCCGGGCUGCCCCGCACCUGGCCGCGGGCCCCGCCUCCCAGACGCUCCCCCCACCCGGAGGGGCGGGGCCUGGGCGCGAGUUUAAAUUCUGGCGGCGCGCGGGGGCCAGACAAGGUGCCGACUGCAAAGCGAGCGCCGGAGCCGUGCGGACAGCUCUGGGGAACGGGGGUCCCGGCUGCCCUCCGAGCCCGGGCGCGGGGCUGGGGUGGGGGUCGCGGAGCCCCCGCGUGAGCGUGGGAAAUGCAGCCCGGGGCGCGGGGCCCACCUGCCCGGCUGUUUCCAGGCAAGUCGGGUGCGGCGCUCUGGGCGCGGCCCUGCAGGGUCCUCCCCAGACCCCUGGGAGGCAGGGGCAGGAGGGCCCGGACGCCCACCCCAGCCCUGCUCCCUGGCACUGCUCCCGCACAUCCUGCCGAGCUCUGUCGGGACUGAUCUCUGCCCUGGGGGGGGGAGGUGUGGGGGUCAGGGUGCAGAGCCCCGGACCUGUCCAGCCAGGGCCCCGCACCCCCGAGGCCCCCGCCCCGCCCUCCUCGUGUGCAGCCUGGAAGGGGCGGGGCGGGGCCCGGUGCGCGCAUCAGGCUAAAGGUCCCCGCGGACGGGGCGUGGCCGAGCCGGGGGCCCGGGAGCCGCCAACCCGCCCCGCCCACUGUCGCAUUGCCACGCGCUCCCAGCAGGCCGAACCCCCUCCCUGGCUCUCCUCUCUCUUCCCGGAAUUUGAGCCGCUUCCCGGAGCUGCUCCCUCCGCCCUCCGGUUUCCUGCCCAGGGCGGGGCCUCCCUGCCGCAUCCUGUCUCCGCCGCUGCCCGGCGCCCAGUCCCGGCCGCCCCGCCUGGGCCUAGAGUGCCGUCCCCGCCCGUCUCUUACCCCGGUCCCGGGCCACCCCAGGAGCGCUCUUACCUGGUUGCUCCCGCUGGACGCCGGCCAUGCCUGGCCAGCGGCCUGGCAACCGACCACGGCACACCCUGCCCCCCGGCCAUCCAGUUCCCCCCGGCCGCCGGCGGCCUCUUCCUGGGAGAAGAAGCCCCUGGACACGCGGCCCUCCUGCCUGUCGCCCACCCUGGAGGCCAUAUCCCCUUCCGCCCUGACCCGCACCUGCUGCCCUCAGUCUCUGAGGGUCUGAAGCCCAUGGGUGCUGCGGCCCUCUCCAGCUGGGGGCCGGCUUGUCCACUCCUCCUGAGACCAGCAGGUGGGCUCCUAGCCCCACCGUCCCUGGAAGGAGCCUAG